AUUACCACCUUUUCUUUAUCCAUAAUAUGGAUCAACCGGGUUUAGCUUUUGAAAUCUAUGUCCUUGCUGAAAACACAGGUCAGGGAGCUGCAGAACGCACUAGCCACAGCAAUACGAUCGUGUGGCAUCGCUAAGGAUCUCGCACAGGGUAGAAAGAUCCACAACCAGAUCGCGGAUGGGGAGCACCGGGGCAAUCUCUUCCUCCAAAAUCUGAUCAUUCAAAUGUAUGGCAAAUGUAGCCGGAUCGAUGAUGCACAGGCGGUGUUCAAUGAAUUGCCCGAGCCCAAUGUGUUCUCACGCUGUAUCCUCAUGCAAGCUUACUCCGAGAAUGGCGAUCUUGGCAGCGCCAAGGCAAUCUUCGACCAAAUCCCUUCCCACAAUGUGGUUUCCUGGAACAGCCUCAUCGCCGGCUUCUCGCAGCAUGGAUUCAUGUCCAAUGCGGACGAGAUCUUCGCCAGGAUGCCGCGUUGGAGCUCCUCGUCGUGGAAUUCCAUGAUCACGGGCUACGCCCAGAGCGGGGAUCUUGCCAGCGCCACCGCGAUGUUCGAUCGCACGCCCGAGCACAACGUAAUCUCCUGGAACGCGCUUAUCACUGGAUACUCCGACAACAGGAUGAUCCCAGAGGCCAAGGGCGUGUUCGAUCGCGCGCCAGGGAGGGACAAAAUCUCCUGGAAUGCAAUGCUCACCGCCUAUGCCCAGUCGGGCGACCUUGAUUCCGCCAAGGAGGUCUUCGAUCGAACGCCGCAGCAGGACAUCGUGUCGUGUACGCUGAUGAUCAAGGCCUGUGCCGUCCAGGAGAUCCUCGGCCACGCCGUGGAGAUCUUCGCCGCCAUGCCCGAUCGCAAUGCCGUGAGCUACAGCUUCAUGAUCCAGAUCUACAUCGACCAGGGGAAGAUUGGCGAGGCCGAGAAUCUUUCGCGAAGAAUGCCCCAGCAAGAUCCCACGCUAUGGACGAGCAUGCUCUCGGCCUACUCGCGCCAUGGCCUUGUGGAAGAGGCGCGGAGGAUAUUCGACAGGGCUGCACGGCGAGACGACGUGUCGUGGAACGCGCUGAUUGGAGCGUACGCCCAAAAGUGCGGCGCGCGGGAAGCUGAGCUGGCGCUUUCGAAAAUGCCCCAGCGCGGGGUGGUGGCGUUCAACUCCAUGAUCGCGGCAUAUUCCCAAAGCCUUCAGCCCGGCCAGGCAAGGAGGAUAUUCGACGAGAUGCCACGCCGCGAGGAGGUGUCGUGGAACGCGCUGCUCUCGGCAUACGCCCAGGCCGGGCACCUCCACCUGGCAAGAUCCACGUUCGAGAGAAUGCCACGUCACGACGUCGUGGCGUGGACGGCUCUCAUUGCGGUCAGCGGCCAGAACGGGCAGCUCGAGGAGGCGGAGGUGCUGUACGACCUCAUCCCGGAGCGCGAUCUCGUGGCAUGGACGGCCCUGAUCCAGGCGUACGGAGUCAACGGGAAGCUGACGGAGUCCAAGCGAGUCUACGCUCUCAUGCCCGAGAGAAACCGCGUGUCACACACGGCUAUGAUCAUCGCUUACAGCCAGAACGGGGAGGUCGUCCAAGCGAGAAAGAUGCUCGAUACCUUGCCCGAUCCAGAUCAAAGCACUCGGACAUCCAUGAUCGUUGCGUAUGCCCAAAACGGGUAUAUCAAAGAUGCGCGAGAGAUGUUUGAUUCAAUCAAGAACCCCGACGUGAUAGCUUGCAAUGCGAUGAUGGAGGCUUACUCGAGCGCCCAAAUGCUCGAUCACGCAAAGGCGAUGUUUGAUAGCAUCAAGCAAAAGACUCUGGUCUCGUGGAACACCAUGGUCGCGGCAUAUGCCCAAGCCGGGAAUCUUGACGAGGCGAAGUCCAUUUUUGAUUCGAUCCCACACAAGAACGUCGUCUCACACAACGUGAUGAUCGUGGCAUAUGCCCACAACAUGGACCUCGCGGAGGCAAGGCGCAUAUUCUACUCCAUGGACGAGAAAGAUACCGUCACGUGGACGGCCAUGGUGGCCAUGGUGGCCCAGCACGGACGCCUCGCGGAGGCCCAAGAGCUAUUCGCCAAAAUGCCGUACCGAAACGUCGUGUCCUGGAACUCCCUCAUUGCUGGUAUGGCCAGCUGUGGCCACGGAAUGGCCGCGGUACGGUACUUGUACGUGAUGAGGAACGAAGGAGCCAAGCCCGACCAUAUCACCUUCAUGGGAAUUUUGAUAGCGUGUAGUCAUGUUGGCCUGGUCGAGGAAGGAUGGACGCAUUUCACUUCCAUGCAAGGAGACCAUGGUUUGAUCCCUUGGCGAGAGCACUAUUGCCGAAUGGUGGAUGUUUUGGGACGCGCGGGGCAGCUCGGAGCGGCCAGAGAGCUCCUGGAGACCAUGCCGUUUAUCCCCGACGUUGGAGCCUGGGGAUCACUGCUUGGUUCUUGCAAAACUCACAGUGACGUGAAGCUGGGAACCCGGGCCGCCGAGAGUUUGCUCCAGUUUGAUGAUCAGAGCUCCGGGCCUUACGUUCUUCUGGCCAACAUGUACUCUUCCGUUGGUCGAGUGGCCGAUGCGCUUGCUGUGAGGAACCGGAUGAAAGCUCGGGGUGUGAAGAAGCAGCCGGGAGUGAGCUUGAUCAGAGUCGACGGCGUUCUUCACAGGUUCGUUGCUGGAGAGGCUUCGCAUCCCCGGCACCAGGAGAUUCUGUCCGAGCUUAGCAGACUCCAGGAGUUGAUGAAGAAGGCCGGCUACCAGCCGGACACCAAGGCUGUUCUUCACAGCAUCCUGGACGAGGAGAAGGAGGUGUUGCUGAGUUACCAUAGCGAGAAGCUCGCCAUAGCGUUUGCAAGCAUCGCCUGUGAGCCGGGGACGCCGAUUAGGAUAAUGAAGAACUUGCGUGUCUGCUCGGAUUGUCACACUGCUACCAAGUUUCUGUCCAAGUUGCUGCAGCGAGAAAUCAUAGUUCGUGAUGGAUACAGGUUCCAUAACUUUGAGAACGGUACCUGUUCUUGCGGUGACUACUGGUGAUUCGAAAGCUCCUGGUGAUCACUGUUCUUGCAGAGGUUGGCCAUCAAGGUGUAAGCUGCUCCGUUGCUUGCAUCUAAACUGACCAAUCUGUCGAAGGCCA